AUGAACACAGGUGAUGGGAUGGUGGGUGAGAACCAGGAAGAGAAUCCACAGCAGGAAGGUCCUGAGCAAGUGGAACCAUGUGGGACAGUAUCAGGAAGAUCCAAAGGGGAAGUUUCCUUGAGUCCUGAGCAAGAAGAAGGCCGUGAGACUCAGCGCAGGUCAGAGAGGCAGAAGAGCAACCAGCAAAGGAAGAGACAGGAUGAAUCCACUUGCCGAGCGAGAAGUUUGGAGGAUCCUAGUGAAAUCAUGGUCCAACAACGAGUCCAUAUGAAAGAGAAACUGUAUAACUGCCCCGAGUGUGGGAAAAGCUUCGCUCAGAUAUCAAACCUCCUGGUACAUCAGAGAAUCCACACAAGGGAGAGGCCCUAUAAAUGCCCUGACUGCGGGGAAAGCUUCACGCGGAACUCGGACAUUAUUUCCCAUCGCUCAGUCCACACAGGAGACAGGCCCUAUAGCUGCCUUGAGUGUGGAAAAUGCUUUGCUAAUUUCUCAUCCCUUAUUUCACAUAGACGAAUCCACACAGGGGAGAGACCCUAUACGUGCCCCGACUGCGGGAAGAGCUUCAAGCGGAGCUCAGACCUUAGUAAACAUCGGAGACUCCACACAGGAGAGACGCCCUAUAAAUGCCCUGAAUGUGGGAAAAGUUUCACUCAGAGCUCAAACCUGGUUUCGCACCAGAGAAUCCACACAGGAGAGACACCCUAUAAAUGCCCCGAGUGUGGGAAAAGCUUCAAACAAAGAUUCAGCCUCAUCGUACAUCAGAGAAUCCACAUCGGAGAGAGAUCCUAUAAAUGCCCUGACUGCGGGAAAAGGUUUAGUAACAGCUCCCAACUUAUUAGACAUCGACGAAUCCACACAGGAGAGAAGCCCUAUAACUGCUCUGAAUGUGGGAAAAGCUUCAGUCAGAGCUGGGGAGUCCUUAGACAUCAGAGAAUCCAUUCAGCAGAGACACCCUAUAAAUGUUCUGUCUGUGGGAAAAGCUACAAGGGGAAGGAUUCGCUGAAGUCACAUCAGAAAAUCCACAUUAAAAAGAAAUCGUAUAACUGCCCUGAGUGUGGGAAAAGCUUCACUCAGACAUCAAAUCUUAUUAUACAUGAGAGAAUCCACACAGGGCAGAGACCCUAUAAAUGCCUUGAGUGUGGGAAAAGCUUCAGACAGAAAUCAGACCUCAGUAAACAUCAGCGAAUCCACACGGGAGAGACCCCUUAUAAAUGCCCCGACUGCGGGAAAAGCUUUAAGCAAAGAUUCAGCCUCAUCGUACAUCACCGAAGUCACACUGGAGAGACCCCUUAUAAAUGCAAUGACUGCGGGAAAGGCUUCACCCAGAGCACCAACCUGGUUUCGCACCAGAGGAUCCACACGGGAGAGACACCCUAUAAAUGCGCCGACUGCGGGAAGAGCUUCAAGCAAAGAUUCAGCCUCAUCGUACACCAGAGAAACCACACUGGAGAGAGAGCCUAUAAAUGCGCCGACUGCGGGAAAAGCUUCAAGCAGAGCUCAGAGCUCAUUUCGCACCAGAGAAUCCAUGUCGGAGAGAGGCCCUUUAAAUGCACGGAGUGUGGGAAAAACUUCAGUCAGAGCUCGGGCCUGAUUAGACAUCGGAGAACCCACACGGGAGAGAAACCCUACAAGUGCAUCGAUUGUGGGAAAGGCUUCAGUCAGAGCUCAGGACUUAUUAGGCAUCGGAGAACCCACACGGGGCAGAAACCCUAUGACUGCCCUGAGUGCGGGAAAAGCUUCACUCAGAGCUCAGCCCUUAUUGUACAUCAGAGAGUCCACACAGGAGAGGCACCCUAUCGAUGUUCUGUCUGUGGGAAAAGCUACAAGGUGAAGGACUCCCUUAUUUCCCACCAGAAACUCCACACAGGAUAG